GGGAUUUCGACGUCCAAAAGCUAGGUAGGGUCGGGAAACCGGAAACCCACAUAUUUUUUUUUUUCCUAAUGUCAAUGUUUUUCUUUUAGACUAAAUCUCAACUACUAAGGUUGUUCAAACUCUUAAUUGCAUCAUGGGAAAGGCGAAGCUUCACAUUAACAUUGUUGUUAUUGGUCAUGUGGACUCUGGCAAAUCGACCACCACUGGUCAUUUGAUCUACAAAUGUGGUGGAAUUGAUAAGCGAGCUAUUGAAAAGUUUGAGAAAGAGGCGGCUGAGGUAAGAACUUUAUUCUUUGAUUGGCUCUAAAUGUAGGGAUUGACAUUUUAAAUAUUUUUUAGUCACCCAAAGAUCUGGUAAGUGGUGGAAAUUUUGCAAAAUAUUGGGGGGGGGGGUGCGAGUGCCGAAGGUAUUCUAGAUGAUUAAAUACAUUUGUGAAUGGAAUUGCAAGAUGGUUUGACAACUCUUUCUCGACAAGUCCCACGUAUUGUCAGCUUCUAGAAGCUGAAGACUUUGUAUGUUCAUAUCUUCGGUUCAGUGCAUGCUAUGAAGACAAUACCACCAUUCGAUUCAGUGAAACAAUAUCAACUAAUUCCUCACGAUAUCUCCAUCACUACUUUUGGCAAAUUUUUGGUUGCUAUAGACAGUUGCGAUAUUGAAAAAAAUAUUGACUAUAUGUCAUGGCGCAUUUGGCAACUUGGCUGGCGCCUGGACAUUUCGACCCCUGUCUAUGUUUUCCUUAGGAAGAAUCCCAAGAUUUAGAAACCAAAAAGUUCACCUAAGUAACUGCCAAUGAUAAUCUCUGAAAGUCUUUGAAUGGUAUAUUGAGCUGUUCCAGAAAUUCUGGAGUGUUUGAAAAUAUAUUGACCAUUAAGUCAUAAUAUUAUUUUAGAUGGGAAAAGGUUCAUUCAAAUAUGCCUGGGUGUUGGACAAACUGAAAGCUGAACGUGAACGUGGUAUUACCAUCGACAUUGCCUUGUGGAAAUUUGAAACAGUGAAGUACUAUGUCACUGUUAUUGAUGCCCCUGGUCAUCGUGAUUUUAUCAAGAACAUGAUUACAGGAACAUCGCAGGUUUGUUAACAUCUUGAACUGUCUGUGCCAGUGUAGGUAGUGCCAAUAAUAUGAACAAGCUUUCGUUGGUAGGGAUGCAACUAUCUGAAAAAAACAUAAGGAGAAUUUCGACGUUUCGAGCAAAGGCCUUUUGUCUGGAGUUACUAGCUAGCCAAGAUCAUAUAACACAUUGGUAUUGAAGGUACUGGACUUGUUCCAAAAUACCACACACUCAAACAGACUUGGCCUUUGGACUGCUUAGGCCAAAAAAAAAAUAUGUGGGUUUCCGGUUUCUUCUUAUAAAAACUUAGGUAGGGUAGGUCGGUUUUAACUUUUUUUUUAAACUCUUUUAAUUUUCCGAACAAGCGGACGCCAUUUUGUUUAGUUGGUGCUUCCACAUCCAAAAAUAAAUUUCCCUAAUAUUGCCUCAAAUUUCAAUUUUCCACAAACUUUUUCCUCUAAGUGGAAACACUUACAAGCAUGAUCCAAUAAAAAAGUUUAGGGUCUGGAUUUUUGACGUCCAAAAGCUAGGUAGGGUCGGGAAACCGGAAACCCACAUAUUUUUUUUUUGGCCUUAAAAAACUUAAGUAUGAUUGAAAAUGUGGGAAGACUUGAGUGAUCAGCAGCACUAGCUAUCAAAAAUUGAACAUAAAUAUUGAAUAGAUGACCAUUAUUGUUCUGACAUUUGCCAGACACAAGUAAAAUUGAACAUAAUCCAGGCACAGAUUUUCUGUCUGGGAGUGUGCACCCCCAGAAUUGAUUUGCAACCCCCUCAGAGGCAUUUAGCACCACCCCCAAAAGUUUUUGCACCCCCGCAAAUUGUAUAUAUUUUGAUUUGAUAGUUUCAUAUUUGAUUAUUCUUACUACUAAAUUUGUAAAAUUACCAAUAUUAUGGUCUCAAAUCUCACCAUGCAGGCCUAGCAAAUUGUUAAACUUUUUCCUUGUCCUUUCCAGGCGUUGCCACCAGGCUCUUGCCAAAGCAAGCGUCAGCACCACCACCCCCAGAUAAUUAUCCACCCACCCACCCCGAACGAAAAUAUGAAAAUCUGUCUCUGACAUAAUCCACACUUCUACAUGCAACCCAAUGUCUUAAGUGAUGGGUGCUUUGGCUUUGCAAAUUUUGAUUUGAAGUUUUUAUUUCAGGCUGAUUGUGCAGUGUUGAUUGUGGCCAGUGGUGUUGGUGAGUUUGAAGCUGGUAUUUCUAGUAAUGGACAAACUCGUGAACACGCUCUAUUAGCCUACACCCUUGGUGUGAAGCAGAUGAUUGUAGGUGUGAACAAGAUGGACAGUAGUGAACCACCAUACAGUGAGAAACGUUAUGAAGAAAUCAAGAAGGAAGUCAGCUCGUAUUUGAAAAAAGUUGGUUAUAAGCCAGAUACUAUUGCUUUUGUUCCAAUAUCUGGUUGGCAUGGUGACAACAUGCUUGAACCUAGCGAUAAAAUGCCAUGGUACAAAGGGUGGAGCAUUACACGCAAGGAGGGAAAUGCAGGUGGCAAGACCUUGUUUGAAGCAAUGGAUUCCAUUCUUCCACCCAAACGUCCAACUGAUAAACCACUUCGUCUGCCGCUUCAAGAUGUGUAUAAAAUUGGAGGUAGGGAAAAUACUUUAUAUUUGCAAUAGGCAUAUAUAAGGAGAUUAGUUUAAAGGAUGUGAAUUCCCAAAAAUUCAGUAUCACCCAGAGUAUAUUUCAUCCAAUAAAUUGGAGGUGAAAUUCUCUAGUUGUAGUGAUUCAUGGCACAAGAGGGUGACAAAAAUUAAGUGUGUAUUUAGAGUAAACAAAGUUUUUCAGUCCUCGAAAUUAGCAUAAAUUUUGUUUUUGUAGAUGAGGUUCUGCAAAAAUUGCCAUCGAUAUUUUAGAGUUUGACGGCAAUUUUUUUGUCUUUAAAAGUUAAAUGGCAUUUUUUGCUUCUCAAUACUUAAAAAACUUGCUUACUCUGUUACACAACAUCAUUCUAAAAUUGUUUGUAACAAUGUUAUAAAGAAACUAUACAACAUGAUUACAGGUCUUAGCUAGGAUUUUAGAUCUUGGGCGUGUUUCUAAUGGCCAGGGCGUGCACAUGUCAAUUACCUUGAACAGCAAAAUCAUGGUUCUAGUUAUGCUUGACAACAACAAUGCCUGUGUGUUGUUCUAUGCUUUGCAACCAAAUACAAGGCGAGCAUACACUCGUAUUGCGCACUGACAUUAAAAUAUUAAGUUAUUUCAGCAACUCUUGGGGAGUAUUUGAAACCAUACAGUUCCCAUUAUCCAUCAAAAAAUUAAAACAUCACGAAUCACUUUUGCCAAUUCAACAACAACAGUAGAUUUUACAAACUUUCUUAACGUAAAUAGGAAGAAAUUCUGUCUGUUGUGAGUAGCACCACCUAAUUUUAUGAACCUCUACACAGCCUUAUAUAAAUAUAUCUGGCCGUGUUUUUCCACUUUUGGCCGCGAAGACUUUUAGUGAAGACUUUUAGCUAAGACCCUGCAUGACUAUAAGCAGAAAAAUAAGGAAUAAAACAAAUAAGGUAAGUUACAACGGCUUAGUCAUCGUGUAUCGAAAUCUCAGUAAACACAGGAACGAACAACUAAAGAUAAUCAUAGUCAUCUGUUCAUAUUAAUAAAAUAUAGCAGCAAAGCUUUUAAUUUAGAAGAAUCUAUCGAAUAAAGAAGGUAUAAAUGCGAAAAAUUGCCGUCGAUAGUUUCAUUAUCGGCGGCAUUCGCCGUCGCUAAUUUCGAGGACUGUUUUUAUCUUUGUGCAUAAUGAAUGUCGGGGUUCGUACAAAACUUGAAUGUCCUUCAAUUUGAAAACAAAAAUUCAAGGCCUUGAAUGACCUUGAAUUUGUUAAGAAGUACUUGAAUGUCCUUGAAUUCUUCUUGCUUUAGUUUUUGGAUUUUUUCUGAAAUUGUUUGUCAUUCAAGACGGACAUUUUGUUGAACUGAUUUUGCAUGUUCAUAUCUGACCUCAUUAUAAAGUUACGUUUUGAACAAUUCAACGUCAGAUUUUACUGAUUUCUAAUGCCUUUUCUUCAGUAUCUAGUCCUUGAAUUUGCUGAUACAUGGCCUUGAAUGUCCUUGAAAAGUCCUUGAAUUUGACUCUUCCUGACAUGUACGAACCCUGGAAUGUCCAAUUUUUCCUUUUGCGUAUAAGCAAUCUUUGCGCACAACGUUAUAUUUUUUGCCAUAUAUUAUGGAUUUCAUGAAACUGUGGCCAUAAACUUAAUGUUCUGCAAUUUGCAACAGUCACAACUAUUUUUAUGCCGCCUUCAUUUCAAAGUUUACAAACAAAAUUUUGAGGACACAUGCUUAAAGUUCAUAAAUUAUAAACACAGUUUCGCUUGUAACCUUGUGACCAUCGCUAAUUGCAAAACAUUUCAUUUUAUGGGCAGAGUCUUUUACAUCUUUUGGGAGUGUUGGUACUCAAUUGGUUAAAUUUCAACCAUUAUGUAGUAUAGGUAAUCACAUGGGAAGGAGUGCAAUUAGUGAUUAACACUACCAGUGAUAUUUGAAAAAUGUACCAAAAUUUCACAAGCUGCCGGGGUGAGUGCAAUUUGGCAGAUUUUUCAAAUAUCACGAGUUAAUGACAAAAUCGCGUUCUUUAAAAUUCAACUGCAUUUUGUCAUGAGUUUUAAUUCUUUUGUAAGCAUUUUGGCAUAAACCAAACUUGGGAAAUGAUCAUAAACUCAUGAAGGCACAUAACUUAAACUAGAAGAACACAUGAUUCAAACUCAAACACAUAUUUUUUAGAGUAAGAAAAUCUUUAUAAAUUGUAUUACUGACUUAUAUAGUCGCGUUUCGCUGCAUCCCGCCGAGAUUAUUUCUUAAAACUGUUUCCAGGCUCUUUUUCCCAUACUAUGUUUUUAAACUCAUUCUUGUGCCAAAAUUUAGUUAAAUUCGUCCACGUUUGGUAUUUAUACAAGAUAAAUUUCACUGCCAUCUUGGAUUUUUGUUGUUUUGACCCCAAGCAUUAAUGAAAUAAUUGCACUCCUCUUUAAUAACCAAUCAGACUGCGGUAAUUUUGUCAUGUAUAUAAUAAAUAAGAUUACCAAGAAUGAAGAUAAAAUGAUUAUAUCAAAAUGACGUCCAACAAUAAAAGCAUUGUUUGUUACACUUAGGAAUUGGAACUGUCCCAGUUGGUCGUACUGAGACCGGAAUUCUUAAACCAGGCAUGAUUGUAAAGUUCGCUCCUGCUAACAUUACUACUGAGGUAAAAUCGGUUGAAAUGCAUCACGAAGCGUUGACUGAAGCCCUCCCUGGAGACAAUGUUGGUUUCAAUGUUAAAAAUGUUUCUGUAAAAGAGAUAAAGCGAGGAAUGGUUGCCGGUGACAACAAGAAUGAUCCUCCAAGAGAAGCCAAAAAUUUCACAGCACAGGUAUGUUAGUUGAUAGAAUUAAUUGUAAAAUAUGUCUGUUGGUAGGGGUCGAAAUUUGCAUUUGUUUCUACAAUACAGCAUGAAUAGUAGAUUUUGAACUGAAGAUGCACUAUUUUUGUCUCCGAAUGAACAUAGCAAAGAUUUUAUUUAUUACAACAAGAAUCAAUCGAAUCAACUGUGAUGAAAUGCACAUGCAAAAAUAAUACCUACUGUUCAAAAUCAUGAUCCUCGAUACUGUACCAGUGAUAUAUAUUGAUACCAACCACAAUUUUUCUACUAUACGAACUGAAUAUUAAGGUUAAAAUCUUGAUAAUAAAAAUAAGUUUUUGUACUAGCUAGUAUAACCUGCUUGUUUCAAAGUUGAUAUAAUAUUUAAUAAUGUUUGUGUGCCAUCUGUGCUUGCCGUAAUUGAUGUGGAAUUCAUUCCCAUGUAUUUCUUUUUUUGGCCUGGAGGGAAUGUGCAUAAUUUUUUUUUAAAUGUAGGAUUCUUAGGGUUAACUUAACAUGACAUUUUUUUCCAUCAGGUUAUCAUUAUGAACCAUCCUGGUGAAAUCCAUGCUGGAUAUAGUCCUGUUUUGGAUUGUCACACCGCUCAUAUUGCAUGCAAGUUCUCAGAACUAAGAGAAAAGAUCGAUCGUCGAACUGGUAAAACGACGGAAGCAAACCCCAAAUCUUUGAAGAAAGGUGAUGCUGGCAUUGUUAUAAUGAUACCGUCCAAGCCUAUGUGUGUCGAAACGUUCGUCGAUUAUCCACCACUUGGAAGGUUUGCCGUGCGUGACAUGAAGCAAACUGUUGCCGUUGGCAUCAUAAAAGGUGUUGAAAAGGGCGAUGGAAGUGCUGGUAAAGUAACCAAGGCUGCACAGAAAGCUGCAAAGAAAUAAUUUGACUAUCUGGAACUUUGCACUUGAGAUUUAGUUGUUGAGAAUAAUGCCCGUUCGAUGGAGGAGGAACUAUUGAUACUUCUUGUUUUCCAUUUGAACGAAACUUUGAGUGUAAUAAUGACGCAAUAGUUGAAUAAAUGGUAUAAAU